AUGACGAUACAGGAAAUUUCAGAUCCUCCUAAAAUAAAAAGUUUAUCUUUCCCAAUUAAAAAUACAUUCAAAUUAUUUAGAAAUGCUUGUAAUGUGACUUUGGAUUUUGAGAAUAAAUAUUUUGAAAACAAAAUUGAGUUGAUUAAAAAUCGUAGAGAGGAAUUCCAGUCAAUUGCUAAUGGCACAAUUCAACAAUCUGACGAAUUGGCUAAAUUUGGUGGAGAUUUAAUGGUCCUUAUUAAACAUUGUGGUGACAAAGCUGCUUCUAAAGAAGAUAUAUUAAAUUAUUUGAAUAGACUUUUAAAUGAUGCUACAACUAAUAAAAUUGCAAUAAAAGAAACCAACUCCAAAAUUAUAACUCUCAAGUAUAGGAUGAUAAAGAUUCAUAAUGAAUUAGCAGAAUUUGAUUUUGAAAAGAUGAAAAAUAUUGAUCCUACAACAUACGACAACUUAAACGAUACUGAAUCUAAAAAAAAGUUUUUAAAUAAAUGGUCAAAAAUCGCUUUUAUUAUAGGCGGAAUUUGUCUAACAAUUUCUGUACCUCCAGCAGCAAUAACUCAGAUUGCUCAAUUAGAAAAUCUUAUUGUGGAAUUUAAUAGUUUAAAUGAACAGAGAUCUCCUCCUAACAUAUUAAUUAUUGAACGCUUGGAAGAACGAUGGAAGAAAACAAUCAAAGAAUCUAAUUGUAUGUGA